AUGCACAAACUAUUUGACGAAUUAUUCUCUAAUCCCAAUGAGCAACAGUUAAUAUACAAAGAAAUAUUAUCGCUCACAAAUCGGAACUUUUCGGAAAAUGCAGAUGUUACUUAUCUGUAUCACCUGUACUCGAAACGGCAAAAGAUACAUCAAGCUGAUCCAAUUGAUGCUUUCAAACAAUUACAAGAAUCGCUUGCAUGUGAAGCUAGGCAACUAGAUCUUAUUGAUUAUUUCAAAAAAUUCUGCUGGGGAUUUACAGAUAAAAUUGACAUUCCUCUUGUUAAUAAUAACGAACUUCAAGUUACUCCUACUUUUUCAGAUUAUCUUUUUAUUGAUGUUGCUGGUUUUACGUUUCCAUUGGAUGAUUACACAUGGAA